AUGGAUACUUCAACAACUGAUUCAAGAAUUUCGGCCACGGCUACCUGCGUAUGCGAUGUCGGUGCUGAGCCCGCUGGCCCUGACUUCUGCCGGGAAAUGGCCUCUAACAAUCAGGAAGAAACCGUGGCUUCAGUUUCAUUUGUUAAUGAUGCUUGCUGCUCAGAUUCCGAAAUCCAGAUUUCAUCAAGCUCCGCUGAAAAUGUGCUUAAAUGCUCGAUCAGGCCAGUCGCUCUUAAUCGUAUGUUGUACAGGUAA